GUUCACGUGCGAAAAGUAAAGUAUCGAUCGACUUGUAGUAUUUUGGAAGAGUGUAUUCUCUUAUUUUCGCCAUGGGUAUCCUCGAAAAAAUCGCCGAAAUAGAAAAUGAGGUAUUUCUUUGUUUUAUUUCCCCCCAACUUUUCAUGAUGGUGUUAUUUCAUGGAAUAUUUUGGUCAAUUACAGAUGGCGCGAACGCAGAAGAACAAGGCAACAGCCCACCAUCUUGGAUUGUUGAAAGCUCGAUUGGCGAAAUUACGGAGGGAACUCAUCACACCAAAGGGCGGAGGGGGAGCAACAGGAGAGGGUUAGUAUUACGUUUAAUAUUUCAAAUAUCCGUCAAGAUGUUUGUUCUUGAGUUUUAGCAAAUUUCUUGGUAAUUACGUGGUAACACCGGUACCCUUAAAUAUUGCAAUAGUAUUUCAUGUACCAGAAGAAAGCCUAUUUUGUCUAAUGAUUGAUCGAGUGACAGUGCUAAAAUUGAUGUAUAGAGAAAAUGCGUUGCGACAAUGUUUUAAGAGGAAUAUGGUGUUUCUCUCUGAGGACUCAGAUUGUUGUUUUGGUCCAAAAGCGACGAUUUUGUCACCUACGUAUUCCACGCUGCCAUUUAUAUAAUUAUGUGGCAAGAUUUUCAUGUAACCCCAUACUUUAUCACGGACAUACUUAUUCAAUAAAAGAAAACAACAGCAAAAACCGUGGUUUGCUGCUGGGAGUAAGGGUUUUUUUAAGAAUAGCAUUGGGUUGUAUGAACAUUUCUUAAUAUAUUUAUUACCACUGACUUAAUAAACCCAAGAAAAGAAAAACAUGUAAGAGAGGAAAACAAAGUACCCCUGAAUGACCUGAACAGUUCUAGUUAAUAUUUGGAGUGUACUUUAUUAUAAAAAAAAUAUAUUAAAUUGCAGGAUAUCUCUCAAUUGGGAACUCAUUUUGUUUAAAUUUAUUUUGUGUGGGUUUCUCACUAUUUACAGUACACUAGUAGGACAAAAAGUAUGUCUGGUUUUGUAGGUUUUGAUGUGGCAAAGACUGGUGAUGCUAGAAUUGGCUUUGUGGGUAAGUUACAUGUACUUUUGUGGUACCUUGAUUAAAAAAAUAUAUUGUUGAUCAUUCUGUGAAGUGCUAAUCAUAAAGAAACACAACAUUGUAUCUGUGAUUUUCUCCUUCUGAACUCGUGAAAACAGGCCCGGUAAAAAAAUACAUGUACUAGAAAUACAACAGUAAUAAUUGGUGCUCUUUUCUGUGGUGCUCUUUUCUGUGGUGCAUUUUGGUGGACAUUUUCAUUACUGUAGAAUUUAUAAAAGAGAAUUGCACUCCAAAAAUCAUAUUUUGAUAUAUUGAAAAUUUCACAGAUACUUAAUGGUAGUAAAGCUGAAAACCACAUUGUGUUAAUAGCAUACCUCUUCCUCAAAAAUGUUAGCAAUUAUACCCCACAAAAAGUUUAAAAUUUUUAUUUCAUUUCAGCUGUUUGGCAAAGCUUACCUGAGAUGACUUUUUUUUCUCAGACUUUGAUGUAAAUUGGUGAAAAGAAAGCAAGAAUGAGUUUUUGGUUUGUUGAAAUUGAGAUGGAUUUUUUCCUCUGUAGGGUUUCCAUCUGUUGGAAAGUCAACUCUUUUGACCACUCUAGCAGGCGUCUACUCAGAAGUUGCUGCUUAUGAAUUCACCACCCUUACCACUGUUCCUGGUGUGAUUCGGUAUAAAGGAGCCAAAAUUCAACUCCUUGAUUUGCCAGGGAUUAUUGAGGGGGCUAAGGAUGGCAAAGGAAGAGGUCGUCAAGUUAUUGCAGGUGUGGUGAUGUGUUCUGCAUUGAUCAACUUUAUUUCAAUUGAUAUGGGGGUUCUUGAUAGAAUGUGAAGUAGGUUUUUGUCCAACCUGAAUAAAGGAGCUGUGAUAAAUGACAUACAAGUAAAGAGUGAACACAAUUUAAGUAGGACAUAGUUUGACGCUACUCUGGUUUGCAGAUUUAAUGAAUGUAACCGAAGAAGUUACGAUUCAUAGACCCAACGUUUCGACACUCCUGUCUAGUGUCUUCAUCAGGGGUGAUCUAAACGCUGCAGGUCCUUUUAUAUGAUCACUAAUUAGCGGCCUUUUUGCUCCGAUAAAGCUGAAUUUUCAGAUGACCACCACCACCCUAUUUGCCAUAAAAAGUCUGUAGCCAAAACUUUACUUAGGAGGGCUGACUGUCUACUAUCUUCACUCGAUUCGAAGGCUGAGGAGAGGAAAUAUGUUGCCAAUGUCCUAAAGGCAAAUGGCUAUACAAAAACUUUUCUCCGUAACUGCCAAAAACCAGUUACAAAUAGUAACGCUCUUGAUGAAAGGGAACCAGUGACUGGUUUUGCUGUUAUUCCUUACAUACAGGGUGUUACGGAACCCAUCAAGAGAAUUUUGAAUAGCCACAACGUUAAAGUUGCUCAAAAACCUUUUCAGACUUUGGGGCAUAUUUUCGCCAAACCUAAGGAUCCUGUCACGAAAGAACAACGAACCGACGCCAUUUAUUCUAUUCCUUGCAAUGACUGACAAUGAAUACAUCGGACAGACCAAAGUCAGUUUGGUACACGGUUAAAAGAGCAGUUUUUCUUUGCAAAAAGGAAAAUUCAGCUUUAUCGGAGCAUACAUGCCUAACCAACCAUACAAUUGGGUGGGAUAAUUCUAAAAUUAUCACCACUAAUCGGCAUUACCAUCAGCGCCUUUGUUUGGAGGCUAGGCAUAUUAACUCCGCCCACGCUCCUUUAAAUCGUGACGAUGGCGGUUUGCUUCCUGAUGCCUAUUUACACCUCGUCAGAAAAAAGGCCGCUAAUUAGUGAUCAUAUAAAAGGACCUCUUGUUGCAGCGUUUAGAUCACCCCUGAUGAGGGCACUAGACAGGAGUGUCGAAAUGUUGGGUCUAUGAAUCGUAACUUCUUUGGUUACAUUCAUUAAAUCUGCAAACCAGAGUAGCGUCAAACUAUGUCUGAUUGUCCACCUGGUUGCUGUGUGAACUUUAAUAUACAAUUUAAGUAGCUAUAUAUUCUGAAGAAGACAUAUAGUUCAUAAAAUAAUAGAAAUUUUUCCAUUGAUAUCCCUCUUUUAUUUGAUGGAAACUGGUGUGAUAUUUGGUCAUCAGAUUUGAAUUUAACUUGUCCAAAAGUCUCAGAGAAAAUCUGACCUUUGCUGUAAAUGUGUAUUAUGGACAGAUACAUGUAAGGAAAGACACAAAGCUGGAUUCUGUUCCAUAUUAAAUAUCAAAUUGGUCUGGCUAUUGUUUGCUCUUUGGACAAAGUAAUGUUGCAUAGUAUUUGGGUUAAGAAAUGUGAUGUCUUAAUGCCAGUUUUUCUGUUGGUAUUUUUCUUACAGUUGCCAGGACAUGCAGCCUGAUUUUUAUAGUACUAGAUGUGCUAAAGCCCCUGGGACACAAGCGACUUAUUGAGCAUGAAUUGGAAGGAUUUGGUAUAAGGUAAAGAUUGGACCUAGGCAACAACUUGUUUAUCAGUUAAUCAGAAGUAUAACAAAAUUUUUGAAUGUGAUUUGUUAUCACCAGCCCGAUUUGGGCAUGAAUAGGACAGUGUACAUGUCAUACUUGCAAUUGGACAGUGUUAUAGGACAGUUGUAAUGUCAUGCUUGUGUAAGUGGACAGUAUGUUCAUGUGUUGGCAGUGUUAUCAUGCAUUUUGCUGAAUAAUUGUUGUUGUUUUUUCAUGAAAACGUAUCAGUGAUGUCUCCUUUCUUUCUCAAAUUUGUUGUAGUUUUGAUAAAUUGGUAACAGGAUUUUGUGUUGUCUAAUUCUGCCUGUAAUCAUACAAGCAAUAAACAAAUCAGACUCCAGCUUCACAGUCAUCCAAUUUUGUCAAUCACUCAUAUGAUUACAGACCAAAUUGGACUCCACUCAGUGCCAUUACCAUUAUUAAUUAAAAGUAGAUAAAUUAGAACCAAGUGGAAAAAGAAAGGUCUAUGUGAAAAAUUAGGGAAGUACAGUCAAACUUGUGUUAAGUGGCACCGUAGCAAGCAGUCACCCUGUAUAAAGCAGUUAGUCACUCUGUAUAAAGUGGUCGGUCACCUUGUAUAAAGUGGUCAGUCACCCUGUAUAAAGUGGUCAGUCACCCUGUAGAAAGCAGUUAGUCACCCUGUAUAAAGUGGUCUGUCAGUCACCCUGUAGAAAGGGGUCAGUUGCCCGGUAUAAAGCGGUCAGUCACCGUGUAGAAAGGGGUCAGUCACCCCGCAUAAAGCGGUCAGUCACCCCGUAUAAAGCAAUCAGUCACCCUGUAUAAAGUCCCAAAUGUGUUUCCCCUUAAUCACUGUAAUUUUCACUUCUGAUGAGUGGUUACAUAUAUUAAGCAGUAGCAGUCACCUUUUACUAAGUCAUAGAAACCUCUUUUUGUUGUCCUCCACCUGUAUUGAAUGGUCACUGAAAGCAGGAACAUUCAAAUGAAACUAAGAAUAAUCUUUCAAGUUAUUUUUAAUCCAUGUUUCUUUCCCAAAAUCAAAGUAAGAAGUACCUUUGAGUGAGAUUUUGUACACCAAGUGUUCAAUUAUACCAUGGAGCUGGGCUCUUUAUUGUUUUUAUAAUACCCCUAAUCUGUGGAACCUGUCUUACGUGGUCAAUUUGUAUGAAGCAGUCACCUGCCAUUUCCCUUGUUUUUUUCAGAAUUCAGGAUGUCGUUUGAUCUCUUGGGAUUUGACCAGGUUCUUUAUGAGAAAUUCUCUCUUUCUUCCAAUGUAAAGCUGGUCCCCUAACUUUAAUACCUAAAAAAAUAUAGUUGUAUUAUGAAUUGCCAUGUUAGUGGAACAAUUGCUCAUGUAUCAUUAACAUAUUCAGUUGGUGUUAUUUUUUUUUGGGCAGGCUGAAUAAGGAACCACCAAAUAUAACAUUCAGAAAGAAAGAAAAGGGUGGAAUCAACCUGCAGACCACAGUAUGUAUAGAGACACAGAACUUAUAAUCCUGCAGGAGAAAUAUUGUGAAAUGAAAGGCUUACAUGUACAUCUUAAAUACUCUAAUUUAGAAAAGGUGCAAUCGCAAUAGGGUUUAGAUUUAUUUUUGAAGAGAAAGUCAGUAGUUUAUUGGAGACAAAUGAUUAACCCUGUACACCCUAAUAUUAGUAUGCAUAUUCUCUGUACUAUUCUCUGUACAUUUUUUAAGGAGUUGAGAUGGAGAAUUUGUUUUACAAUCAAGAGCUUCUUUUGUCGGUGAUCAUUCCCUUUAUUCUACUGACCUUGAUGUUUGAUUCAGGGAUAAAAUUGUAAGGAGAAAUUAGAUACUAGUCACUCUUAGGGGUUUAAGGGUUAAGAGAAUGGAAAAAUCUCACUGAUGAGGAUUUAACACAAAGGCUUUUGCCAACGUGUACUGUGUUUAAGUUAUGUUUUCAUCUCUCAUUGAAUCCAAACAAUGUGAAGAGGUGUUUUUGAACUCUGUUACAGUGCACCCAGUCUGAGCUGGACAUUGAUUCAGUGAGAUCCAUCUUGAGUGAAUACCGCAUUGCUAAUGCUGACAUAACCUUGAGAUAUGAUGCCAAUGCAGAUGAUCUCAUUGAUGUCAUUGAAGGAAACAGGUACAGGAAAACAGAACUUAAGAAUCUUUAUCUCUAUACAUGACUAUUAUUCUCUAAUGUUAAUUAAACAGAGGUAAAGUUCCUUCUUGGGUUGUUAUACUUAGAGCAGUAGUGAAAAAAGGAAUUUUUUUUGACAUUGUUUGAUUUAAAUUACUGAUUCUUCUUUUUUAAUUUCAGGGUUUACAUUCCUUGCAUCUAUAUUCUGAACAAAAUUGAUCAAAUUUCAAUAGAAGAAUUAGAUUUGAUCUACCGCAUACCACAUGCAGUUCCAUUAUCAGCUCACCAUAAGUGGAACUUUGAUGACUUGCUAGAAAAAACUUGGGAAUACCUCAGUCUUAUAAGAAUGUGAGUGGCACUAGAGUUAGUUUUUGAAACAAUCUUUCAAUGUACUUCCUAAUAGAAUGCUGGAACAGCUACUUAACUGAACUAGAUAUUGAUUUCUCAAACAAGUCUCGUAAACCACCAGGGUCACCAAAUGCAAACAUCAACACAGAGUCAUGGCAAAAGCCAAUAUAUCUUUAUGUUUAAAAGGGAAAAAAAAGCUCUCCUUUCUUUUUUUGUGCUCUUUGGCAACACUUAAUAUAUAUAAUCUAAUGGAUGAAACAAUAUGAAUUCUGAAGAGUUCAACUCUGAACUGAUGGGUGACAAACCAGUUGGCUUUUUUCAAAUUGCAUUGGAGCAGUUUAACUUGAUACUUUUGAGAAACAAUUCAACUGAGUGGUAGAAUGAAGGAUUUGAAUUUUUGAACUAUACAUUACUAAUCUAGCUCUCAGUGGCUACAAUUGGUGGGGGUAGGAGGGGGGGGUUAGGAGCAGAAGCAGCUUGAGUGCAGAACUUGUAAACAAGUUUUCCUUCCUUUUCCUGGUAGAUAUACAAAGCCUAAAGGUCAGCUACCAGAUUAUGAAAGCCCCGUGGUGUUGAAAAAUGGCCAGUCAUCUAUUGAAGACUUCUGUAACAACUUACACAAGAGUAUCAUGAAAGAAUUCAAACAGUAAGGCUUCCUCUUCCUAGUAAUAUAUAAGCAUACAGCAUGAAGCUUUAAAUCCAAACACUGUGCCUGUCAUUACUUACCAGUAGUUAUCAUUUCUCUAAAAUUUAUCCCAUACACUAGAAUGGCUGAAUGUUUACUUUUUCCUUCUCUGCAGUGCAUUAGUUUGGGGUUCAUCUGUAAAAUUUAGUCCACAGAAAGUUGGUAAAGAGCAUAUAUUGCAAGAUGAAGAUGUUGUUCAAGUAGUAAAAAAGUAAGUGCCUGGGGGUAAACUAAUAUGAUUUUGUAUUCUAGAUCAGUUUAUUUGCCCUGAUUUCUGUUUCAGUUACAGUUAAUGUUAUGGUUAUGAUACUGCAUAUAAUUUUUUGAUUGACCUGGUUAUCGUUACGAGUAGUUACAUGCUUCUAAUUUUGGCUUUCUUUCCCUACAGAGUGUAAUGAUGAAAAGAAAAACCUUGGGGGGAAUGAUUUCACCUGCUAUGAACUGACCUGAGAUGAGAAAAGCACCUUUUGAUGUCAUCGUUUUAGAUGGAACUAUUUUUUGAGCUGAAAUGUUUGUCUAUGUGGACAGAAUGAAUUGAUCAUCAUUAGUCAAACUGAUGAUAUUGAUAUCAAAUGAUGCUUAGUCAACUGAGAACAUGGUGGUUGUUUCUGUUCACUACAUAGUCUUCCUUUAUAAGCACUGCUUGAAGCUGCAACUUUCUUGGUAGAAAAAAUAUAAAAUGACUGAAUAUGCAGUGCAGGGUGAAAAUUUGGCUACCUGUGUUUGGCAGACCAGAAAAAAGCCGUAACAUUUUCAUUAUGUCAAGUUUGUGAUCCAAAUUUGAAAUGAGAUGAACAUCUUCAUGAAAUAUGGUUGAUAGUCUGUUGUUGUGUCUUUGAUGAAUGUGUUGUUCUUUCUCCUUUGUUGGCCUUGAGAUGUUGGUGAACUUCCAUUAACAAUUACCAUCAUGCUAUUUGUUUUCCAAACUAGCACUCAAUGGCAGUGUAGUACAUAAUGAAUUAUAGCCCACUAAUGAAUUUCUGCAAAAUUCAAUUGGCUACUUUACAUUUCAUGGCUAAAAAUCAUCGGACAGUUAUCACGCAAUAACCUCCUUCAGAAUUAAUAUUUGUCCUGUGGGUAUUUCUGUUGAAACAAAACAAAGCCAAGAGAAAGAAGCCAGGUGGAGAGUUUCCCAUUUUCAACUUUCGUAUUUUACAUGGAAGAAAAACCAACUUUUUAAAGUUGAGUCCAGUGAGUAACAUUAAAAGGACACUAUUACUGGUCACAAAUGCAUCUCCUGAAGGUACAGAAAGAUCAAUAAAACAUGCUGUCAACUUCUCUGAAGGGGAAGAAAGUUACCAACAGACUUUCAGAUUUAGUCUUAGACAAUCUUACAGUCAUUUUAUAAAAUAGAGUAUUAAUUCACUGUAUUUACUAACUAUACAUUAAAUAGAUCAACUGUACUUGUCAAACUUUAGCAUUUAGGAAAGAGAGAAAAAUCCCAGAGCAGUUUUUGUGCAAUAUAAACAUUGAAGGGAGGGUUUUUAGAACAAAUAAACCCCUUUCUGGCCUACUGGUAUAUAACUUUAUAUUCUCACAGAGUAUUGCAGUAGAAGUUGUCUUCCAGUGAUUCUUAACUCUAUUCAGUAACAGAUGACAGAGGUGAAGGGUCCUUGACUCCCACUCAGGGCUUGGGAUCUCAAGAAAGAGCUUGCUGCACUUAAUCAAGUUAUUUUUAGAAAGACAUUAUUCCCAUGCACAGUUUUGAUUCAUCACACACCUUUCUCUUGCAUUGCCUCUCUAUCCUAGUGUGUAAAUGGGCUCUGAUGAACUGUCAGGAUGCUUACCCCUGAACACCCUGAAACCAAUAUUCAAAUUAUUCAUGCUGUCCUCUCUACAUUUACUAUGGUACUUUUAAAGAGAAUUGUCCAACAAUCGAGAGCUUCUUGAGUUUGCAAUUAAUUCCUUUAUUCUCAUGAGCUAGAUGCUUGAUUUGGGGGUAGUACUGUUGGGAGAAAUUAGAAAUUCAUCAUUCUAAUGGGG